GCCUUAACCAUUCAAAAUAUAUGGAUAAUAAAGUUAGAAAACAGAGAGUAAACAAGCAAGAACAGAGCAACACAACUCAACAACAAUGGAGAAUUCUUUAACACUUUCACUACUCUCCACAAUUCCAGUUCCUAAUCCAGUACUCUCAACAAAAUGUAGUGUUCUUUUUCGAGGUUCGAUUUCCUCGAAAAUUGGUACAAAAUGUGGUGGAUUUAGAUCAUCAACAAGAUUGUAUGCAGGGCUAACAGAGAUAGAACCAGAUAUUAACGAAGAUCCUGUUGAUCGAUGGAGAACUAAUGGCAUCGACAUUGAAGAUUAUGUUUUUGGAAAAUACGAUGAUCAUCAUACGUACUUUGAGAGUGAAGAUAAAAAAGUAUCAUUUUGGGGAUCCAUAGCAGAAGAUUAUGCUGCUAUUGCACCCCCAACAGGAUUUCAAGGUAUUAUUUCAUGGCUAUUUCCUCCAGCAAUUGUUGCAGGAAUGUACUUCAAUGUUCCUGGGGAGUAUUUGUACAUUGGAGCAGCUGUUUUUACAAUUGUGUUCUGCAUUAUUGAGAUGGACAAACCAAGUGAAGCACACAAUUUCGAGCCUCAAAUAUAUAAUAUGGAGAGAGGCGCGCGAGAUAAGUUAAUAUCGGAUUACAACACAAUGGACAUUUGGGAAUUCAACGAGAAAUAUGGCGAUUUAUGGGAUUUUACUGUUAAGAAAGACGAUAUCAUGAAACGAUAGAAAUAAAAAUGAA